AUGGCCGUGGUCCUGGCCUGUCAGGACCCGAAGAUUCACAGGGAGAUCACGGAGCAGCCCGGACCACAUCUGCGCUGUGUCCAGGCCCUUGAAGGCAUGUUGAUAGAACACUUCCUGCCCCCGCCAGCCUCGCUCACCACGCAGGCCCUGCCCAGCUGCAGGCAGAGCGGCUCCAGGACGGAACAUCCCGGGGCUGUGGACACGGGGGGCUGGGCGAGUGACCACACCCUACUGAACUCCUUGUCCGUGAACCCUGACGCCAAGUGCAAGUACGGCCUGUACUUCAGAGACGGCAAGCGCAAGGUGGACUACAUCCUGGUGUACCAUCACAAGCGGCCGUCGGGCAGCAGGCCUCUGGCCAGGCGGGUCCAGCACCAUGACGCCACCCCGGGGACCCGCAGCGCCAGGCGGGACCAGCCCCUGCCCGGCAAGGGGAGCCCAGUGGAUGGGGGCUCCCCUGAGCUCCCCACGGACCACCACGAAGACGACAAGCACUUCCGCAGGGAGGAGUACGAGGGCAACCUGCUGGAGGCGGGCCUGGAGCUGGAGAGGGACGAGGAUACUAAAAUCCCUGGAGUUGGCUUUGUGAAGAUCCACGCGCCCUGGGGCGUGCUCUGCCGAGAGGCUGAGUUUUUGAAGCUGAAGAUGCCCACGAGGAAGAUGUAUCACAUCAGCGAGACCCGCGGCCUUCUGAAGACCCUCAGCUCCGUGCUGCAGAAGAUCACAGAUCCUAUCCAGCCCAGGGUGCCUGAGCACCGGCCGCAGACCACCAAGAGGCUGUCCUACCCCUUCUCCCGGGAGAAGCAGCACCUCUUUGACUUGGCCGACAAAGACUCCUUUUUCGACAGCAAAACCCGGAGCACCAUAGUCUACGAGAUCUUGAAGAGAACAACGUGUACAAAAGCCAAGUACAGCAUGGGGCAAGGAGAGGGAAGAAAGAAGGAUUCUGCCCUUCUAACUAAAAGGCGGAAGUGUGGGAAGUAUGGUAUCACGAGCCUGCUGGCCAAUGGGGUGUACUCGGCUGCAUACCCGCUGCACGAUGGCGACUAUGAGGGAGACAGCGUGGAGUUCAACGACAGAAAACUCCUGUAUGAGGAAUGGGCGAGCUACCGAGUCUUCUACAAGUACCAGCCCAUCGACCUGGUCAGGAAGUACUUCGGGGAGAAGAUCGGCCUGUACUUUGCCUGGCUGGGGGCCUACACGCAGAUGCUGAUCCCCGCCUCCCUUGUAGGCAUCAUUGUCUUCCUGUACGGGUGCGCCACCAUGGAGGAGAACAUCCCCAGCAUGGAGAUGUGCGACCAGAGACAGAACAUCACCAUGUGCCCGCUGUGUGACAGGACCUGCAGCUACUGGAAGAUGAGCUCGGCCUGCGCCACCGCCCGCGCCAGCCACCUCUUCGACAACCCCGCCACCGUCUUCUUCUCCGUCUUCAUGGCCCUCUGGGCUGCCACCUUCAUGGAGCACUGGAAGCGGAAACAGAUGCGGCUCAACUACCACUGGGACCUCACCGGCUUCGAGGAGGAGGAGGAGGCAGUUAAGGAUCACCCCCGAGCUGAAUACGAAGCCAGGGUGCUGCAGAAGUCCCUCCGGAAAGAGGCCACGCACAAAGAGACAGACAAGGUGAAGCUGACUUGGAAGGACCGCUUCCCGGCCUACUUCACCAACCUAGUGUCCAUCAUCUUCAUGAUCGCCGUGACGUUCGCCAUUGUGCUGGGGGUCAUCAUCUACAGGAUCUCCACGGCCGCUGCCCUGGCCAUGAACUCUUCCCCAUCCGUGCGGUCCAACAUCCGGGUCACCGUCACGGCCACCGCCGUCAUCAUCAACCUGGUGGUGAUCAUCCUGCUGGACGAGGUGUACGGCUGCAUAGCCCGCUGGCUCACCAAGAUCGAGGUCCCCAAGACAGAGAAGAGCUUCGAAGACAGGCUGAUCUUCAAGGCCUUCCUGCUGAAGUUUGUGAACUCCUACACCCCCAUCUUCUACGUGGCAUUCUUCAAAGGCCGGUUUGUCGGACGCCCGGGGGACUACGUGUACAUUUUCCGCUCUUUCCGGAUGGAGGAGUGUGCCCCUGGGGGCUGUCUGAUGGAGCUCUGUAUCCAGCUGAGCAUCAUCAUGCUGGGCAAGCAGCUGAUCCAGAACAACCUAUUUGAGAUCGGCAUUCCGAAGAUGAAGAAGUUCAUCCGCUACCUGAAGCUGCGGCGGCGGAGGGCCCCCGACCACGAAGAGCACAUGAAGAAGCAGCAGCAGCGCUACGAGGUAGACUACAACCUGGAGCCCUUCGCCGGCCUCACGCCCGAGUACAUGGAAAUGAUCAUCCAGUUCGGCUUCGUCACGCUGUUCGUAGCGUCCUUUCCGCUGGCCCCGCUGUUUGCACUACUGAACAACAUCAUCGAGAUUCGCUUGGACGCCAAGAAGUUCGUCACUGAGCUGCGGAGGCCGGUGGCCGUCAGAGCCAAGGACAUCGGCAUCUGGUACAACAUUCUCAGUGGGAUCGGGAAGCUCGCUGUCAUCAUCAAUGCCUUCGUGAUCUCCUUCACAUCUGACUUCAUCCCACGCCUGGUGUACCUCUACAUGUACAGCCAGAACGGGACCAUGCACGGCUUCGUCAACCACACCCUCUCCUCCUUCAACGUCAGCGACUUCCAGAACGGGACGGCGCCCAACGACCCCCUGGACCUGGGCUAUGAGGUGCAGAUCUGCAGGUACAAAGACUACCGGGAGCCGCCAUGGUCUGAGCACAAGUAUGACGUCUCCAAGGACUUCUGGGCCGUGCUGGCCGCUCGGCUGGCUUUCGUCAUCGUCUUCCAGAACCUGGUGAUGUUCAUGAGCGACUUUGUGGACUGGGUGAUCCCGGACAUCCCCAAGGACAUCAGCCAGCAGAUCCACAAGGAGAAGGUGCUGAUGGUGGAGCUGUUCAUGCGGGAGGAGCAGGGCAAGCAGCAGCUGCUGGACACGUGGAUGGAGAAGGAUUGCCAGAAAGAGGCUUCCUGCAACAACCACACACCCAAGGCCAGCCCCGGGGCGCCCGGCCCCAACUACCGCGGGGAUGCGCUGUAGCUGCGGCCAGGCAGGGCCGCACAGCGGGGGGGGGGCGGCCGCACAGGGCAUGGCCCCAGGCCCCUGUGCGCUCUGCAAACGCCACGACUAUUCCCUGAGAGGACUCUUUUCUCUUUAUUUUUUUUCUUGUUUUUGCACAAAACCAUUAUGCAGGGAAAUUUUUUUAUCUUUAGUAUCCAAGGUGAAUGGAAAGGGCGGCUGUGGUGAGCGCCGCGGGGGAGACGCGGAGUCUCUUCCGUGGGAAGGGGCUAAGACCCCAGAAACCCUCCUUGCUCUGAUGCCUUAAGAUAGACCCGGAGAAGCCCAGUGUGCAGACUCGAGGACCGGGACUGGCAGGAACGGAGACGCCGAGACGGAGUGAAAGGCGAUGGUAAUAAGGGUGAUUUUUAAAAGUGAAGAGAAUAAACGAGAAGGAAGAAAAGGUGAUUAAAAGUCAUUCUGAAUGACGUCACCUGCCCAUAGGUAGGAAGAACAAACCAGACAGCUUUGAGUCGUCUGUCUCUUCCUUCCUAAGUCCAGAAGCCAAGCUGUCCCGGGUAGAAGAUGACAUGGAGCCGUCCAUGGGGAGAGCUUGAAAUGAUCCUUUUUUUGUCUUGGAGAAGGAAGGGGGCCUUUGUCCUUGAUGAGCCAGUGCCUGGGUCCCUGGAAGGUCAGAUCAGCUGACCUCAGAGUCACCAUUCCCCCCCUGUGGGAAAAGAUGGGGUGACAGGAAGCAGAGGGGGAGGGGACCCCUAGGAGGCCAUCCCUAAAGGUUUAAGGGUUUCACUAAGCCCCAGCACUUCUGUGGGUCUGUUCGAAGCUUUAACCUAUUUAUUGGUUGUUUAAAACAAAAAUCAGUGGUGUGGUGGAUUUGAGGAUUUUUUUUUCUUAGUUCAGGGUGGAAGGAAUUUAUUAGUCAACUAGAUACCAUUGACAGGAAUUUCAGAUACUGUUACUACCAAAGAUUUUUCUUAAUAAAGGCUUCUAUUUUGCUA